CGUCUACUCCAGACUAUUCAGAACCAGCUAUUGUCCCUCGUUUUCAUCACCGGCUUUCUGCUCUGGCCGAUUUGUGUUUGCGAAUUCCACCAAUUCUGAUAAUACCUGCUCUUUCCGAGUCCGGAAAAUACUGCAUAAGAAUCCAUUCAUUAUGACGCGCGCUCAGCAGACGCUCUCAGUCCUUCUCCUUGUAUCUUCUCUUUAUCUCUCUUUAUACUUGGGCCUUGUUCCCUUGAAUGAAACUGUCCAAACAGAAAUCAUCCCUGUCCUCCCUUUUUACGCAUUGAUUGCCUUCGCAUGCUAUCUACUCGGUCGACUGGGGUUAGCGAUCCUGACGUUCAACGAUGUUCCCGAGGCACACGCGGAGCUACAGAAGGAAAUCGCACAAGCUAAGACAGAGCUGCGCAAGGCCAAGGUCGACGUUGACUGAAUGAGCAAGUGAUCUGGUCUCGGUUUUUGUAAGAGGUGUUCGAUAAAUUGUCCUGGCCUGG